AUGUACCUCGGUCGGGAUGCAUCGGUGCUGGAAAGCCGGGCCCCAACGGUGAAGGGCGUGAUGUGGGUGAUGUCGAUUGUACCCCUGAUCUUCGUUUUGAUGCGAUUGUAUGUGCGGUUCUACUUGCGGAGAGUCUUUGGCUGGGAUGACGCUAUCGCAAUCGUUGCUAUUGCUUGCUUGAUUGCGUACGCCGCUGUCUGCCAUGUUGCUGCAGACUUGGGCUUGGGCCAACACCUUGUGGUUGUACAGCAACACCCUGAGAACCUUAUGCAAGUGGCGCUUCUGUGCAACAUCGGUGAAAGUUUGGCAAUUAUGGCGUGUACUCUUGGAAAGACUUCUUUUGCCGUCACAUUGCUACGCAUAGUGGUUCAAAGAUGGAUGGUCGUCGUGCUCUGGUUUGUGAUUGUGACGAUGAAUGUGGUGAACAUCCUGACUGCGCUCUUUGUCUUUUUGCAAUGCAAAGACCCUCGUCAUCUGUGGAAUCCUAUGAUUCCAUCGGAGUGUUGGCCCUCGGACGUGUUCACUAACUUCUCGCUUUUUGUUGGUGCCUACUCGGGGGCGCAAGACUUUAUUCUUGCACUUUUACCUUGGACAAUUGUCUGGAACCUACAGAUGAAGAAAAAGGAGAAGAUCGGUGUUGCAUUUGCAAUGAGUCUUGGAAUCUUUGCUGGUGCGGCAUCCAUCGUCAAGACAACCUACCUGGUAGCUCUUUCUGCCAAGGCUGAUUUUACAUGGGAGCUCGCUCCACUCCUGAUAUGGGCUGCCGUGGAAGACGGACUUGCGAUCACCGCUGCCUCAAUCCCUGCGCUCAAGCCUCUCCUCGUGAAGGUGUUCCCCAGCUCAGCGCCAGACAGCUACAAUAUGAUCAAGUAUCCGCCUUUGCCAGGCCGGAAGGUCUUUGAUAACUCUCAGGGCGAAACGCAAACUGAUAUAGGACAUACAACGGUACACGACUCAAGCAGUCAAGCAGAAAUAGUCGGGCCCGGUUCUCCGAAAUGCGAAAGCAUCAAUUUAACCACCGAGGUUUCCGUGACAUAUAAGCAUGGUCUUUGA